CGUCGUCCCAGUUGCAUGGAUGCGCCAUGGCCACGCUUGUGUGCCGGGUUCAGUUUUUAGACGACACCGAUCCGUUCAACAGCACCAACUUCCCCGAGCCGACCCGACCGCCGCUGUACACCUUCAGGGAGGACAUCCCCCUCAUCAACCAGUUAGCAGGGGUCCACCGGCUCCUCAGAGCCCCGCACAAGCUUGAUGACUGUACGUUGCAGCUCUCUCACAAUGGCACCUAUCUGGAUCUGGAGUCCUCUCUGGCUGAGCAAAGGGACGAGCUGGAGGGAUUUCAGCAGGACGACACAGGGGCCAGAGGGAAGAAGCACAGUGUUAUUCUACGGACCCAGCUGACAGUCCGUGUGCACUCCUGCAUCGAAAGACUGUAUAACUCCAAUGGACGUGACCUAAGAAGAGCACUGUUCUCUCUGAAGCAAAUUUUUCAGGAUGACAAAGAUCUGGUCCAUGAGUUUGUGAUGGCUGAAGGUCUCACGUGCCUCAUCAAGGUUGGAGCAGAAGCUGACCAGAAUUACCAGAACUACAUAUUAAGAGCUUUGGGGCAGAUCAUGUUAUACGUAGACGGGAUGAACGGUGUCAUCAGCCACGCUGAGACAAUCCAGUGGCUGUACACUCUCGUUGGUUCAAAGUUCCGUCUGGUGUUGAAAACAUCCCUGAAGCUGUUGCUGGUGUUUGUGGAGUACUCUGAGUCCAACGCUCCGCUGCUGAUAGAAGCCAUUGACACUGUGGACACCAAGAGAGGCUGCAAGCCGUGGUCCAAUGCUAUGGAGAUCCUACAAGAGAAGGAUGGAGUGGACACAGAGCUGCUGGUCUAUGCAAUGACCCUCGUCAAUAAGACACUCUCAUCGCUGCCCGACCAGGAUUCAUUCUAUGAUAUGGUGGACGGCCUGGAGGAGCAGGGCAUUGAGACAGUGUCCCAAAGACACCUGGGACGGAAAGGCACUGACCUUGACUUGGUUGAGCAGCUCAACAUCUAUGAGAUGACCCUACGGCAUGAAGAUGGUGAUGACGACAGCCAACCGCCACCAGCGGGACGCCGGGACCGCCGACGAUCCAGCCUUGGGGCUGGGGACAAAAGGCAAGGCCUAGAGAGGAGGCGGAGCCGCAGGGCCUCCCUCGGGCGAUCAGGCCACGCCUCCCCGUGCAGCCCUGCAUCCCCACAGAGAGCCGGCUUCCAGCCUUUUAGUGGACACAGAGCAGAGGACACAAGCGAGAGGGCUCUGUCAGGUUGCCUUCCUUCCAUAGAGGAGGAGUGUGAGGAAGGAAUAGAGGAGGAGGAAGAGGAGAGUCCAGUGACAGAGUCUGACUCCGAUGAGCAGGAGGGGGCUAAUACAGUGUCUAAUCAGACCACCCCCAGGUAUUCUAGGACAUGCCCAGCUAGACAUCUUCCAUCCAUCAUUCAUAGAACAACCGUCCAGUCCAUCACCAUCACUUCCAGAAAGGGGAGUAUAAAGGAGGAAGAGAAGAGGACUCAGAUUGACCCACCUCAAGCAACCACCCUCAGCUCCCCCUCUCCUCCCCUUUCCUCCCCUCUCAGCCCCCCAUCCCAGCCCUCCGUUCUGUCCACCCUGCUGGCCAGGAAGAGAUCUGUCGUCACCGUCCCGGCUAGCAAAGAGGUCAGCCCACCGCUGCGUGGCAGCUCUCGGCCCUCCCCCACCCACAUGCCCUACCUGCCCCAGUCGCCCUUCCACCUCUUCUCCUACGACCUUGACGAGAAGCAGUCACCACCGGCUCCAGUCAAACCCAGUGCGGAGUCACCUGAAACACCAUCUCCCAGGAAUGGAGGUUUCACGUCCUACUCCUCCCUCAGCAGUCCCAGUACGCCCACCACCUCCAGACCUGCUCUGGGAGGUCUCCUGUCCUCCUCCUACCGACAGCACCAGGAGUCUCUGGCCGCUGAGCGAGAGCGCCGCCGUGUGGAGAGAGAGGAGAGGCUGCAGAGGAUAGAGCGGGAAGAGCGGAACAAGCACAGCCGCGACUAUGUGGAUAAAAUGGAAGAGGCCCGAGUUGCACGGGAAGAGAGGUAUAAGAAUGUGGAGCGUAUAGCAUCGGAGGAGUUUGAAAAGGAGCACGUGCGGGUCUCGAGGACUCGCCCCGACCUAAACCUGCCUUUUACGCCCUCUGAGGCCUGGCCCUCGUCAUCGCGCAGCAGCACCCCAUCCUCAUUUGCCUCCCAAGAGGACGCAGAGGUUGACCUGGAAGGCGAGACCCCCUCCACCCCCUAUACGCAAUCUGAGACUGGAGAGGCGGAUGACUGCAGUGCCAGUGUAGAGGCGGCCGGACAAGAAGCAGAGGCCGCCGCUGAGGAGGAGGAAGAGCAGAAAGAAGAGGAGGGGGAAGAAGAAGAGGUGCGGGAAGAAUCACCGGUAGAGAAGGAGGAGACAGUCGACGAGCACGAGCAGGAACCGGAGAAGGAGAGAGAGGAGUUGGAGGAGGACAGCGGCAUCCUGAGCGACAAGGAGCGGCAGAAUGAAGAAGUAAAUGAGAAGGACAACUGCUCGGCCUCCAGCAUCUCCUCUGCCAGCAGCACCUUGGAGAGAGAGGAGAGGGGGAGUGCUGAGGAUGGCUUUAAGGAGGGAGAGGUGAACGAGCAGUGUGGCAAACUCCUCAACAGCAAACUUUUCAUGCUGGACAUGCUGUACUCCCAGAACAAGAAGCCCAGUGAUGAGGAGGAGGAAGAGGAGGAUGCAGAGAAAGAGAAAGAGAGAGGAGAGGGGGAGUACAAAGAAACCCAGGAGGACACUGAGGAGCAGUUGGGCAAUGAUGAGGAGGGCAACAACAGUGCUGACAAUUCAGAGAACCAGGGCAGCAUCCGUCAGUUCGCUGAGCGAUUCGGAAACUUGAUUAAGGACCUGGGAGCAGCCCACCCUAACCUUGAGGCAACCGCCAUCGAGCCCCCUCCUCCUCCACCCAAGAAGGAAUCAGACACAAUCUGGGACCAGCUCCUGGCCAGCCCUCGAGAGCUGCGCAUCGGGGACAUCAACUUCACGGACCUAACGGAGGACGAUGACAAGGACAUCCUGGACGCCGUUUUGAUGGGCGGAUGUGGCGACCUUCCGCCCCCGCCUCCUCCUCCGCCCUGCUUCCCUCCACCUCCACACAUGAUGGGUUGCUGCCCCCCACCUCCUCCCUUGUUUGGGAUUAUGAGGCCUCCACCUCCUCCUUGCUUUAGUUCCACAAUCCCGAUGCCUCCACCCCCAGAGCCGCCUCUGUUUAACAAGAAGAAAAAGACAAUCAGGCUCUUCUGGAGCGAGGUGCGUCCGGCAGACCCCCAGUACAGAGAUUAUAAGAGAAGUGGCGACUCGUUCUGGUCAAAACUGGAAGCAGUGAAGUUGGACACGGCAAAACUGGAACACCUGUUUGAGACAAAGUCAAAGGAAAUGCCAGUAACAAAGAAAACGGCAGCAGAUGGCAAGCGUCAGGAGGUCAUAGUUCUGGAUUCCAAGAGGAGUAACGCCAUCAACAUCGGCCUGACGGUGCUGCCGCCUCCUCGCACUAUCAAGACGGCCAUCCUUAACUUUGACGAGUAUGCGCUCAACAAGGAGGGCAUAGAGAAAAUCCUGACGAUGAUCCCCACAGAGGAGGAGAAGCAGAAGAUCCAGGAGGCUCAGCUGGCCAACCCAGAUGUCCCGCUGGGCUCAGCAGAACAGUUCCUGCUCACUCUGUCUUCCAUCAGCGAGCUCUCUGCCCGACUCCAACUCUGGGCCUUCAAGAUGGACUACGAGGCAACAGAGAAGGAAGUGGCGGAGCCGCUGCAGGAUCUGAAGGAGGGGAUGGAGCAGCUGGAGAAGAACAAAACUCUGCGCUACAUCCUCUCCACGCUGCUCUCAAUCGGAAACUUCCUCAAUAGCACCAAUGCAAAAGGCUUUGAACUGAUGUACUUGGAGAAGGUUCCAGAGGUGAAAGACACGGUCCACAAACAGUCUCUGCUGCAUCACGCCUGCUCUGUGGUGGUGGAGAACUUCCCCCAGAGCACAGACCUCUACUCCGAGAUUGGAGCCAUCACACGUUCUGCAAAAGUGGAUUUCGACCAGCUGCAGGAAAACCUGUGUCAGAUGGAGCGCCGCUGCAAAGCCUCAUGGGACCACCUGAAGGUAAUCGCCAAGCACGAGAUGAAGCCUCAGCUGAAGCAGAAGAUGUCCGACUUCCUCAAAGACUGUGCCGAGAGGAUCAUCAUUCUCAAGAUUGUCCACCGCAGGAUCAUCAACAGGUUCCACUCGUUCCUGUUGUUUCUCGGUCAUCCGGCCUACAGCGUGAGGGAGGUCAGCGUCCACAGGUUCAGUAAGAUCCUCAGCGAGUUUGCACUGGAGUACCGAACCACCAGAGACCGCGUGCUGCAGCAGAAGCAGAAAAGGGCCGACCAUCGCGAACGCAACAAGACCCGGGGAAAGAUGAUCAUUGACGUCAACGCUCCUUGUGGUCGUCAUGGCUCUAGCAGCAGCAACAGUGCCCCUAGUGGCAGCCAGGAGAGCGAGCAGCCUCAAGGCCUCGGCCACACAGAGGAUGCUGCGGAACACGAGCACAUGAAAGCGGUGCUGAGAACCAGCCUGAGCAGCAGUGACAAGGAGAGCAGCGUGGUACCUGGGCUUCGCACACGGAUAAGGUCACGGCCUGGACGAGGAGGAGGAGGAGGAGGAGGAGGUCGCAGUUUGCAGCCGAGGACUCCGGUCCUGGAGGACACUCAGAUCUGUGGAGACGACGCCGCAGACGAGAUCAUGGAGCGCAUCGUGAGGUCGGCCACUCAGGGUCCAGGAACCAGAGCGCAGCCCAGAGAGAGGAGGAGAUCCAGGGCAAACCGCAAGUCAUUGAGGCGGACUCUGAAGAACGGCCUGACGCCAGAAGAAGCUCUUGCUUUAGGACUAGCCGAUUCUCCAGACUCACAAAUGUGAUCCUCC